GUCCGAUUGGCACGUCCAAUCAGAAGAGCGUAUGGCCGGGCACAAGGGCCAAUGAGAGCGCGAGUGCUGCGGUAUUUGAAUUCCAGGCGUAGGGUUGGGAGGCGGCGACUGCAGCGUGAUCCUGGGACCAGGCGGUGGGGUCGUGUCGCUUCUCUCAGUCUCUCCGAGACCCCGCGGCUCCUGCUCUGGCCUGUCCCGGGCCCCAUGGCGCUGUUCCGACGCCCCGCGGUAUCUAAUGGUUUGGAGGAUGUCAAGAAAGGAAUUAAUUCAAAAGCUACAAUGCAAGUUACUGUUAGAAGAGCUGCUCUGGAAGAAAUUGGAAAUAAAGUUACAACCAGGGGAACGCAAGUAGCCAAGAAAGUUGAGAAAACCAAAGUACUUGUGAAAAAAACCAAAGCCACAAAUGUCGUAAGAGAAGUGAAGUCUACGGCUACUGUGAAACCAGUGACAAAGGAAACUAUAGCUCCAAAGGGUCUGUCUCCAACCCCUAUGGAUGUUUCUAUGAAGGAAGAAGACCUGUGCCAGGCUUUCUCUAAUGCACUGUUAUGCAAGAUAGAAGACAUUGAUGAUGAAGAUUGGGAGAAUCCUCAGCUUUGCAGUGACUAUGUUAAGGAUAUUUACCAGUAUUUGAGACAACUUGAGGUUCAGCAAUCUAUAAACCCACAUUUCUUAGAUGGAAAAGACAUCAAUGGGCGUAUGCGUGCAAUCCUAGUUGAUUGGUUGGUACAAGUCCAUUCCAAAUUUCACCUUCUGCAGGAAACUCUUUACAUGUGUAUUGCAAUCAUGGAUCGUUUCUUACAAGUUCAACCAGUCUCUCGGAAGAAGCUUCAGUUGGUUGGAGUUACGGCUUUGCUUUUGGCUUCCAAGUACGAGGAGAUAUUCUCUCCAAAUGUUGAGGACUUUGUUUAUAUCACAGACAAUGCAUAUACUAGCUCUCAAAUCCGAGAAAUGGAAAUUUUGAUUUUGAAAGAAUUGAAGUUUGAAUUGGGCCGACCACUUCCACUUCACUUCUUAAGACGAGCAUCAAAAGCUGGUGAGGCAGAUGCUGAACAGCAUACAUUAGCCAAAUACCUGAUGGAGCUGACGAUUGUUGACUACGACAUGGUGCAUUAUCAUCCUUCUGAGAUAGCUGCUGCUGCUUCUUGCUUGUCUCAAAAGAUUUUAGGUCAAGGGAAAUGGAGCCUAAAGCAACAGUAUUAUACUGGUUAUUCAGAGAAUGAUGUAUUGGAAGUGAUGCAGCAUAUGGCCAAGAAUGUAGUAAAAGUAAAUGAAAACUUGACAAAAUUUAUUGCCAUCAAGAAUAAAUAUGCAAGUAGCAAACUCAUGAAGAUCAGCACCAUUCCUCAGCUAAAUUCAAAAACUGUCCAAGACCUCGCAUCACCUUUAUUGGAAAGGUCAUGAGAUGGUUGGACCAAAGUUGGAAGAAUCUUCAGUCCACACACUCUUGUACCUGGGCAUUCAUUAGGCACGUUCACUUUUGUACAUACUCUUUCGGCCUGCUUUGUGGAACCUUUUCAUUUUGUUUUCUCGAUGUAUGUUGAGGAAAAAUAAAACCAUAAUUUUCCAUAAGGAAACUUGUGUAUAUUUUCCCUCAAUCAUUGUAAACUUGUUCUGAUUUGGUAUUAUUUGUUAUACACAGCAGUUAAGUACUACGCUUUCUUUGACUUAACUGUGAUUCACCCCUUCCUUUUAUUCUCCCAGAGACCACUGAAUUUCAAAACCUUUUGAAUGGAAUAAGGUUUGAAUUAAAAAAAAAAAUUGUAUGUGAACAGAUUUUGGCCUAGCUAUUGAUCAGUUCAAGACAGAAUAAGCAGGAGGAUGUUAGGCAUAUUUAAGUGCUUCCGAUUUGAAAUAUAGAAAUGACUGGUGUAAGGGGCCAGGAAAGCGUCCAGGAAGCUUCUUGGGGUGAAUUAGGAAUGAGUGGCCCUGGCUCUUUUACUUUCCUCUUGUAUUGGAAAGCUAGCAGACAUAGCAGUUAGUGUGACAGGGAUAUUAUUCUUUUCUUGCCAAAAGGGAAAUUUAUUCCUAGCACAUUUCAGAUUUGGAACUUAGAAUAAUGUUUCUCAGUAAUAUUUGUUAAAAGGCUUUUAUUAGGCUAGCCACUUUUUUUUUUCCCUAUGGGAACACUUUCUGAGCUCCAAACAACUACUUUACAAAUGAACUUUUGGAAUGUAAUUUAUAGGUUUGAGACUUUCUAUACUGUGGCAAUGUGAUUAUCUGAGCACCAGAGUUAUAAAUAGGAAUGGGAAAAUCAUUCUGUGUGCCAAGGAUGGAUUUCCACUAAAUAAUUUCAGGAAAGAGUCCCUCUUAUUUUAAAUGCAAAAUUAAGAUUCCCUGCUUAGUCCCUGAAUCAAAAAGGGGAAUAACAAUGCUUAUGAAGAUGGAGGUUGUUAUAGUUGUGAUUCAGUCAUGCUCUCCAGUGCCCUUUGUACUUUGUGCAGAUCAGAAUCAUUCCAACUUUUGGCUGCAAGUUGAGGAUUCAGCUGUCAUUUGUAAAUAGUUUUAUGGAGACUUGAAAAUCUGAACUAUGGCACCCCUUACUUUAUUUGAGUUAGCAAAAACUGUGUGUAGGUGGUAAGAAACUACCAUAGCAGCCUUCCUGCUACCAAGUCAAAAUGUGUGUGAUUAUGAAAUGUUUUUAAUCUUAAAAGGUCUUUCCUUUCAUCAAAGCAAGAUUAUUUGUCAAGGCAUGAUACUGCUCUCCAUGUUUACUGAUCAGUUUUGUGGGCAGACUGUCAAAUGAAACAUAUUUUGAAGCUUAUUCAAUAGCACUUUUUAAAUAUGGUAUUACUUAGCCUGGUUCAGGACUUAGUUUCAGGACAUAGUAAUAAAAAGUCUCCUAAUAGCAUUUUGCUUGCGAGGCAAUGUACCUAAAAUGUAAUCAGUGUAAAUAAAUUAUAAACUUGGAAAGAACCAGGUUGUUAAAGUAUAUUUAAAUGAAGAGGCGGAGUGUUAUGAUGAUAAGUACAAACAGAAUGGUGAUGGUCUGCAUGGAAUCUAGAAAAAGCACUGCCUGGGGCAGGAUCAGACAACUAAUCCUCAUUGUUGUAAGACAGAUACCCUGAAGUUGAAAAGGCCUCACUGCCUCACUGGGCUCUCUCAUCUUGAUGAAAAUACCUCUCAGGACCAUCCAACUUCCUUUACUCUCACUUUCCAUUCACCAAGCAGCUGUCUGAUCUGUUAUUUGGUUUCUCUAGUAUACUUUUCCACAGGGAAGAGUAUAUUGUACCAGUGUUUCCCCUCUG